AUGGCCCCAGCUUCGGUUGCCGCUCUCUUUGAGCCCCUCCAACUCGGACCACUCACCCUUCGCAAUCGUGUCUUCAUGUCCGCCUUGACACGAAACCGUUCGGUGCCGACCAACAUUCCCAACGCAGUGAAUUUGGAAUAUUACCAACAACGAGCAAAAAGCGCUGGUCUGAUCAUCACGGAGGGUGUAUUGAUUACCCCUCAAGGAUCGGAAUGGCCACAUGCCCCUGGUAUUUGGAGUAAAGAGCAAAUCGCUGGAUGGAAGAAGAUUACUGACGCGGUCCAUCAAGAAGGAAGUGUUAUUUACGCUCAGUUGUGGCAUCUCGGACGAACCAGCCACCCCGACGCUCCAGAACAAAAGGCCACGGGCCUUCCGGUGUAUGCGCCGUCAGCGAUUUCAGCUCGAGGAGGAAAGUUCAGGUUUAUCCCUGGUGAACCAGGAUACGUCACACCAACCGCGAUCGACGACCCCACGAUCCUUCUCGAUCUGUUCGAGACGGCAGCCGUUAACGCUAAGGACGCUGGAUUUGACGGUGUGGAAUUGCACGGCGCCAAUGGCUAUCUCAUCCACCAAUUCCUCGACUCCACCUCCAACACGCGCACAGACUCUUGGGGAGGCUCCGCCGUCAACCGAUCCAAAUUCGGUUUACUUGCUCUUGAGAGAGUGAUAAAGGUAUUCGGAAAGGAUCGUGUAGGGAUCAAAUUGAGCCCAGCAGGAGGGUAUAAUGAUAUGGGGAUGCCACUCGAAGAAACCAUCGCGACGUUCACCCACUUCAUUACCGAAGCAGACAAAUUAGGCAUCGCUUACAUCGAUCUUAUGCGAUACUCAGAGAUGCUCGAUCCUGUCAUUGAUGGCGAGAAGCGCGCAACGAAACAUGACAUCGUAGCAACAUAUUCUCCUCUCUUCAAACACACCAAGAUCUUUUCUAACGCAGGCUGGACUGGUGAAGAAGCUGCUGCUGCUGUCAAAGACGGUAAAGUCGAAGGCGUCUUUUUUGGAAUGGGAUGGAUUAACCACCCUGAUUUCGCUGCUCGUCUCGAACACGGCAAACCUUUGGAUAAUCCCAUUGAUUUUACCACCUUGUAUGGCACGUACCAUGGGAGUGAGGAAGAGCAGAGGAAGGGAUAUGUGGAUUAUCCGGCUGCGGUGUAUAAAAUCUAG